AUGAUCUGUAAUAGAUGUUUACUCUUUUUUAUUGUUACAUUUUUUGAAACAAUAAGUGCAUUACCUCAAUAUAUUUAUCGUCAUCAAACAAAUUCACCAAAAAAUAACGAUCCUUUCUAUCAUCAAGGGAUGUCAGCUGGAUUGAACAGUCUAACUGGUUCUAUUUCAGGCACUAGAGCUGGUCCACACUAUGAUUCAUUUAUAUCGAUUCAAAAUCGUCCAAAUAGAGAUGGUAUUUUACCGAUAAGUUAUAGUCCUAGCUCUAAUAUAAAUAAAGAUCUUAUCAAACCAAAUGUACAACAACAACAACAACAACAGAAAAACUAUUUGUACAAUAACAACAAUGCUUGGCAAAGACCAAACAGAAAUAAUUAUUAUAACCAACCUUUCAAUCGUUAUCCACAAAGCAGUCAAGGAUGGUAUGCAACUGGUGGUAAUUUUUGUUCAAAUGUUGCUAUACAUUAUGGUAAACAAACAUUUGCUGCUCUUUGUAAUCAAUGUGGUAGUUUUGGUGGUCAAUAUAAUGAAUAG